AACAGUCUGUUUAUGUAUCAUCGUUUGUGUACGUUUUCCUAAGUUAAUUUAAAAUUGGGCGUGCCAUAAAUGUGACAAAACCGUCUUAUUAAAUUUUAUUUUGAAACCACAAAAACAAAACGCAGAGAGUAUGGCGGUGGUGAACUCGUGCUGGGGUCCAUGUCUAUGGACGGACAAUUUAAAAUCGGGAUGCAGAGCAAUCGCAUAUUACACAGUGGCGAUGAGCAUCGUUUUAAUCACAUUUAUUAUAUUCGAUAUGUGUGGAGGAGAUUCGACGCAACUCUAUAACCCGUUGUUCGAAGCAGAUGUAAGAUUUUCUAUGCAAGUAAUUGGGGGGUGUCUGAUCGCUUAUUUCCUCCUGUUGAUUGGUUUUUCUGUGCUGUUAUGUUUUGGCAUAAAUGCAAUGAAUCGAGGAAUGAUGUUACCAUGGCUAAUUAUGUUCGGCAUAGCUUGUCUAUUCCAGCUUGUAUUUGGGCUGUGGCUAAUAGGAGGCUAUUACAUUUAUCUUGAUGCGGUCCUCUAUGCCUUCGUUGACUGGUGUUGGAUGGCAUAUAAUUGUUACUGCUGGAUAGUGGUGUACUCACAAUACCAAAUCUUCACAGACAUGCAAUCUCCAAAUAUUGAACUUCUGUGGCCUUAAAUUUGUUUUAUAGAAGGUAUCAGAGAAUUUGAAAUCUAAUGGGUGGUUAUUUAUGAAAAUAAAUAAGUUGUUAAGGCAUUAAAAUUUGUAAGUAGGAUGUAUAUUGCUAAAGUGGUGAAUUUUAUAUUCAUGUCUGUGUAUAAUGUAUAUAACAAGAAGUGUUAUAAUAACUUUUAAUGGGAUUCUUUAAUUAAUUACUUGUUAGGAUGUUUUUUUAUUUUAUUAUUUUUUUGACUGAAUGAUGUACAUUAUUCAUUUUUGCUGCAAAGCUUUACAAGUAUUAUAUAUAAUGCCUUAAACACCUUUUAAAAAUCACCCAUUACAUUAACAGAAUCUCUGUUGUAUUUAUCUUUCCGUCCUGAAUAUGUAUGUGUUCUAAUAAUUAUAGAUAGGUUAAGAGACAGCUACUCUGAUUGUAUUGCCAGGAACAUAUAUUAUUUUUAUAUUUUAUUUAGUAUCUUUUUAAUAUACUUUUAUAUUUAUAA